CAAUGAGAAUAAAGCAGCCACUGACGCGCGAGCUAACAUCGGCAGCGCUAACGCUUACAGCGGUCCUGUCGCAAUAAGUACAGAUUUGCAUAGCAUGCCCGAUGCGGAAAAGCAAAACACUUUUGUAUCAAUUGAAACUACCAAUAAAUGGAGUGGAUGGAUUUUCACAACUGAUUUUCCACAACGGCAAGACGAACAGUCCUUCGAAACCGCCAGUAACCAUGACGAAUUUCCACGUAUGGUUGCUGGCUAUGCCACCACCGAAUUAAAUAAUCAAGCCGUUAAUUUCACGAACUUCGAGCAAGAUGAUAUAAUAUAUGACUUCUUAGAUGAGGCACGUUACAAUUUAGCAACCCGCGUUAUGUCGAAUGGAGUUGAAGUGAUCAUUGCAAGUGAUAAAAUUAAGACUCCGCUUGCAGGUGUUGAUGUUGUGACUGAAAUCGCGGCCAAAGACUCCUCAAAAGAACAACAACACCAUCAACUGCAAUUACGUAUUGCGCCUAGUAAAGCUAUCUACCGGCCUACGACAUUAGCAGCGAGUACACUAAAAAAUCAUAUGCGACUUGUAAUGCCAUCGCAAAAUACAGAACCGACAAUACAAGUACGGACACUUACAUCACAUAAACGACAUAAACUUGGACUCAUCAAUGGACUAGGCACAGCCGUGAAAUUCAUUACGGGGAAUAUGGACGCAUUUUCCAUAAAUAAACAAAUUCAAGACAUUAAAGCUAAUACAACGCAUAUCGAGACCAUACUGAAUAACCAGAACCAAAUAAAUUCAAUCAUGCAGGAAAGAUUGCAAAACGUCACUAUCCAUAUAAACAAGGAACAAGAUAAAAUAGAAACAUACAUUAACAAAUUCGAACUUCAGUAUAUCAGCCAAAUUAAUUAUAAUACAGACCUUUUAAACAAUCACCUGGAAAGCAUUGCGGAAUCAAUUGUCCUAGCAAAACUAAAUAUGAUAUCGAAGUUCAUACUAAGCACUACAGAGCUAGAUCAAAUAUAUAAUUAUAUGGAAAAUCAAUCAAUAAAAAUUAGCUCUAAAGAGCAAAUAUACGUACCACUUGGACUACAAGCAUAUUAUAACAAUUCAAAUAGUUAUUAUAUUUAAUGUACAGAUACCAAAUGUAUCAUAUACUUCCACUCUCUUUAAAUAACACAAAAAAUAUAAAAAUAAAAUUAUAAUUAACAUACAAUAAAAACCAUUAAAACCAAUUUUUUAACGAAUCUUGUCCAAGAGUCGAAAACACCUACUAUUGCAAAAAAUCACCAUAUACUGAAUAUACAACUAACUCCGCCUGCAUUGCACAAAUAAUAAACAACAAAAAUGCUCUGUGCGACCUAGAAGAUGUUGGCAAUAUAAACCUAAUCAUUAAACCUGAACCAAACUACAUUCUCUUCAUCAAUACAUACAAGACUACCGUAACAACUAGCUGCAACAACGGCACUUACGAAGUUAAGGCUACAGCUCUCCUCUACUACAACAACUGUUCAAUCAAUGUCAACGGCGAAAUCUACAAAGCCAACCCCAUGUUUUACAGAGACGAUUUUUUUUCUACUACACAUAAGCUAUUCCGAAGUAAACGCAAAAACCAUAACAAAAAAACUGAGUCUCGACAAACUUAGAAGCUAUCAAAUAGAAAGCCACGAAACAACAUCAAACGAAAACAAUAUUAUAAUUCUAAUAACCUGUUCAUUGAGCAUCAUUUUUACCGCCGCCCUUGUUUACAUCGCAAGGAAAAGAACUAAACUCCAAUACAUGCCAGUUCUUCCACUAAACGUUCCAGCCCAUACGUUUUCCUUGUGGCCUUCACUUUUAAAUAAAGAAACUAAAAGUAUUAAGAUAUUGGUUUAUUAUUAAAAUACAGAUUGCCAAAUUAACAAAAAACUUCUAAAAAGCUAAUUAAGCAAUACUAACAUUUUUAAGAAAUUGAUUUA